GGAGGCGUUUCGAGACGCACGGCAGCCGAGCCCGAGCUGCAGAGGAAGUACGGAAUUGGACUAUAUAGAAAACGCUCAAUUUCUAUGAAUUUCUCUCAAGUUAACUUUAUGACGCUAAUUCAUCUUAAUGUGAUUCCUUGGAACUUUAAUCACCGUAUCAUUUUUUAAAGGAUGUAUUAUUGCUAACAUUUCAAAAAAGGAGUAGGAUCGAGUUUCCACAGAAAUGGGGAAUUACAGUCUUUGGAUAUUUCUGUCAAUUUUACAUCUUAUGCAAAACAGCGAAGGACUGCGCUGCGUGGAUACACACAGGCCGUGCGAAAAUGGAGGAAUGUGUAUCGAUUCAAGAUGCUUAUGCCGACCUGGUUAUAUUGGUUUGCUCUGUCAGCAUCUGGACCCCUGUCAUCGCUCGCCUUGUCUAAAUGGAGCAGCUUGCAAGAGCCAGGUGGCCAACGGAAUCCCACAGUUCACCUGUGUGUGUCAGAGGGGGUUCAGAGGUCAGGAUUGUUCCCUGAUUGAUGCAUGUGCCACAAAUCCCUGUGCCAAUGGUGCCCGUUGCACCAAUUGGAAUAAUCACUACAACUGUUCAUGCCCACCUGGGUAUCAGGGCAAGAACUGUCGCAAUGAUAUUGAUGAAUGCCGCAAACUCGGAAAGUGCCUUAACGGUGGCAUCUGCAUGAACACACACGGCUCAUUCCGCUGUGAGUGCCUUGCUGGGUACAGCGGGCGCACAUGCGAGGUGCCCACCCAGCCCUGUGCCCCCUCACAGUGUCUCAAUGGGGGCACCUGCCAUCAGACCAGUGACCACACCUACGAGUGUGCUUGCUUGCCAGGCUUCAGGGGACACAACUGCGAGGAGAACGUGGAUGACUGCCCUGGACACAAGUGCAUGAAUGGUGGGAUCUGUGUAGAUGGUGUCAACACGUACAAUUGUCAGUGUCUGCCUGAAUGGACAGGCCAGUAUUGUGCUGAGGAUGUCAACGAGUGUCUCAUGCAGCCCAAUGCUUGUCACAAUGGUGGCACAUGCUUUAACACUAUUGGAGGACACACCUGUGUAUGUGUCAAUGGCUGGACUGGGGACGACUGCAGUGAGAACAUUGACGACUGUGCUACGGCUGUCUGCUUCAACGGGGCCACGUGUCAUGACCGCGUGGCCUCCUUUUUCUGCGAGUGCCCAGUGGGCAAAACUGGUCUGCUCUGUCAUCUGGAUGAUGCUUGUGUCAGUAACCCCUGCAAUGAGGGGGCAGUGUGUGACACUAACCCUCUGAACGGCCGCGCCAUCUGCACCUGCCCUGCUGGCUUUGUUGGUGGAGCCUGCAACCAAGACAUGGAUGAAUGUUCCAUUGGUGCCAACCCUUGUGAGCAUUUUGGGAAGUGUGUAAACACGGAGGGCUCAUUUCAGUGCCAGUGUGGACGGGGCUACACUGGCCCUCGCUGUGAGAUUGAUAUCAACGAGUGUCUUUCCAUGCCCUGCCAGAACGACGCCACCUGCCUGGACCGCAUCGGCGAGUUCACAUGCAUCUGUAUGCCUGGCUAUCAGGGGAAGUUCUGUGAGGUGGAUGUUGACGAAUGUGAGAGCAACCCCUGCGUAAAUGAUGGCAUCUGCCGAGACAUGGUCAAUGGCUUCACCUGCACCUGUCAGCCAGGGUUUACUGGCACCAUGUGUCAGAUCGACAUUGAUGAGUGCGCCAGCACUCCCUGCCAAAAUGGAGCCAAGUGCAUUGACCGUCCCAAUGGGUACGAAUGCCGCUGCGCUGAAGGUUUUGAGGGAAGGCUGUGCGAGAGCAACAUCGAUAACUGCAAGCCUGACCCGUGCCACCAUGGCACUUGCAUAGAUGGCAUUGCCAGUUACACUUGUAACUGUGAGCUUGGCUACACUGGCUACCGCUGCGAGAACCAGCUCAACGAGUGCCACAGCAACCCCUGCCAGAAUGGUGGCAAAUGUGUGGACCUAGUCAACAUGUAUAUCUGCCAGUGUCAACAUGGCACAUCAGGUACCAACUGUGAAAUCAACUUUGACGACUGUGCUAGCAACCCUUGUGACUACGGAAUCUGCAAAGAUGGCAUAAACCGCUAUGAAUGUGUCUGCAAACCUGGCUUUACCGGGCCUCAAUGUAAAGACGAGAUUGACGAGUGCCAGUCUAAUCCCUGUCGCAAUGGAGGAACCUGCGUAGAUGAUGAGAACGGCUUCCAUUGCCAGUGCCCUGAAGGCUUCCAUGACCCGUACUGUUAUUCACAAGUGGACGAGUGUGCCAGCAGCCCAUGUUUGCAUGGGGCCUGCAGGGAUGAUCCUAAUGGCUAUCGAUGUGAUUGUGAGCCUGGAUGGGUGGGUAAGAACUGUGACCUAGACCGAAACGAUUGUUUGCCCAGCCCCUGCCAGAAUGCAGGCACCUGUUUCGACCAGCUCAAUGGUUUCACUUGCAAGUGUCGGCAGGGAUUUAGAGGUAACUUAUGUCAAGUGAACAUCAACGAGUGUGCCUCUAGCCCAUGUCUAAAUCGGGGUACCUGUGUGGACGGAGUCGCCAGUUUUACAUGUGUCUGUGAGCCACCUUAUAGCGGACCCACCUGCGCAGAACUGCUCACACCUUGCACUCCCAACCCCUGUGCCAACCAUGGUUCCUGUGUGCACACACCUGACUACCUGGGCUACCAGUGUAACUGCCAACCCGGAUGGCAGGGUCAGUUGUGUACCACUGACAUAAAUGAAUGCACAUCUAACCCCUGUAAGAACCGUGGGACCUGUACCAAUACUUCGGGUGGCUAUGUGUGCUCCUGCCGUGCUGGCUACACUGGACCCAACUGUGAAACAGAUAUUAACGACUGCUCACCAAACCCCUGUCUGAACGGAGGAUCCUGUACAGAUGGUGUAAACUCAUUCCGCUGCAGCUGUCUGCCAGGCUUCACAGGGACACGCUGUGCUACCGAGGUAAAUGAGUGUCAGAGUGCCCCCUGCAAGAACGGAGGCACUUGCACGGACUACGUCAACAGCUACACUUGUACUUGCAAACCAGGCUUCACAGGACGAGGGUGUCAGAAUAGAUUCAGUGUGUGCGAGUCUCAGCCCUGUAAGAACGGAGGAGUAUGCUCCUUGUCCGGCAGCUCACCACUGGGAUACACUUGCACCUGUCAGCUUGGGUAUGCAGGUGCUAACUGUGAGAGGAGCAUGAACUGCAAAGAGCUGCCUUGCUACAAUGGUGGCAGCUGUACUCUCACCUCACGAGGUGCACGUUGCACCUGUAUUCUGGGCUUUGGCGGGCCUCUGUGUCAACACCGCAGCAAUGAGGGCUGCUCCUCCAAACCUUGCCGCAAUGGAGGCUUGUGUACAGAAGAAACCAGCUUCCCUUUUUUCCACUGCCAGUGCAUCAAUGGCUGGAAAGGCAUACGAUGUGAACAGGAACCCAGGCUGCUGCCACUUCCUCCUCCUUGCCCUAUUGCUGAAUGUCAUGGCAAGGCCAAUGACGGUGUGUGUGAUAAAGAGUGCAAUUCGUUCGCCUGCCGCUGGGAUGGAGGUGACUGCUCUCUGGCUGCGAACCCGUGGGCACGCUGCUCAGACCCUCGCUGCUGGCGGCUCUUCAACAAUAGUCAGUGUGAUGAGUUCUGCAACAAUGCAGAGUGCCUUUAUGAUAACUUCGACUGCAAGAACAAAGAGAAAGUCUGCAACCCCAUCUAUGAGACAUACUGUACAGACCAUUACGCAGAUGGGCUCUGCGAUCAAGGCUGCAAUACUGAAGAGUGUGGCUGGGAUGGACUGGAUUGUGCAGAGAAAAUUCCAGAAGACCUUGCGGAAGACGUGCUGGUUAUUGUAGUUCUGCUGCCUCCUGAGGAGCUGCUAAGGACACAAACUGCUUUCCUGCAAAAACUAAGUGCAAUACUGCACACCACAUUGCGUUUCCACCUUGAUCAGAAUGGGGAAUACAUGAUCCGACCCUAUAAAGGACGCAUUAAACGGGAGCUUCAACCUCAGCAAGAGGUCAUUGGGUCUAUUGUAUACUUGGAAAUAGACAACAGGCUCUGCUCCCAGGGUUCAGAUGACUGUUUCCGCAAUGCUAACAUUGCUGCAGAAUACCUAGGUGCUUUGUCUGCUAGGGAGAUGUUGAAUUUCCCAUACCCCCUGAAAGAAGUGCGCAGUGAAAAAAUGAAAGAUCCUGAUGAGAUUCCCAAAUGGGGUAAGCUACUGCUAGUAGGGGUAGCUUCUCUCUUCUUGUUGGUUAUCUUGAUGGUGGGCAUGUUGAUUGCCCGCCGCAAACGUGAACACAGCACACUCUGGUUCCCUGAGGGCUUCUUCCUCAAGAAGGAAACAAGCAGUAACAAGAACCGCAGAGAACCUGUGGGCCAAGAUUCCCUGGGCAUGAAACACAUGCCAAAGACAGUGGAAGAGUCUCUAUUGGCAGAUCACAGUGACCAGUGGAUAGACACAGACUGCCCAGAGGCAAAACGACUUAAGGUGGAAGAGCCCAGUAUUCUGUCCGAUGGUGAGGAUGCAGUUGACAGCAGACAGUGGACACAGCACCACUUGGCAGCGGCAGAUAUCCGUAUGCCACCUUCCAUGGCUCUCACGCCUCCACAGGGAGAAUUUGACAGCGAUUGCAUGGACGUCAAUGUCCGAGGCCCUGAUGGCUUCACACCCCUGAUGCUGGCAUCCUUCUGUGGAGGUGGGCUGGAGCCAGAGGUUACCGAAGAUGAUGAUUCAGAAGAAUGCUCCGCCAACAUCAUAUCCGACCUCAUUUACCAGGGAGCAUCGCUUGCAGCUCAGACCGACCGCACUGGAGAGACCGCUCUGCACCUGGCUGCACGCUAUGCCCGAGCUGACGCAGCUAAACGACUCCUGGAUGCUGGGGCUGAUGCAAACGCACAGGAUAACACAGGCCGCACACCUCUGCAUGCAGCUGUAGCAGCUGAUGCCCAGGGGGUUUUCCAGAUUCUGAUCAGGAACCGUGCCACAGACCUGGAUGCACGCAUGUAUGAUGGCUCCACUGCUCUGAUCCUUGCAGCCCGUCUGGCAGUAGAAGGCAUGGUGGAAGAGUUGAUCACCUGCCAUGCUGAUGUCAACGCUGUUGAUGAAAUCGGAAAGUCAGCUUUGCACUGGGCAGCGGCAGUCAAUAAUGUUGAAGCUACAGUUGCCUUGUUGAAGAAUGGUGCCAAUAAAGAUAUGCAGGACCUUAAGGAGGAAACUCCACUAUUCUUGGCUGCCAGGGAAGGUAGCUGUGAGGCUGUGAAGGUGUUGUUGGCUCACUUUGCCAACAGGGAGAUAACGGAUCACAUGGACAGGCUCCCUCGAGAUAUCGCCCAGGAGCGCAUGCACCAUGACAUUGUACAGCUACUGGAUGAAUAUAACACUGUGAGAAGUCCACAGGGCCAUCCAGGGGCAGGUCACCACCUGUCUGGUAGCCACACCCUCUCACCACUCAUGUGCCCUCCUAGCAACUUCCUCCAAGGGCUAAAAAUUACCCCGCAUGGUAAGAAGAACCGUCGCCCAGGGGCUAAAGGCAUAGGUGGGCAGCACGCUGCCAGCCUGAAAGAUUCAGCCAAAGGACGCAACAAACGGCUGACGCUAGACAUGCAGAGUGCUUUGCUGGAGAGCUCCGUCACGCUCUCCCCCGUCGACUCGCUGGAUUCACCACGCGGAGGUGCCAGCAACGCCGGCUACAUCACCAAUCCGACCUCACCGGCCGCCAUGCCCUCUCCAGGCCUUUUCCACUCCUCCAUGUCUGUCCCUACCACUCCAAUGGUGCACAGCAGUAUCUUGGAUGGCACCAGUCCUUUUGCAGUCUCCCUAGCUCAGCUGAGCAACCUGAGUGAUGGUGGGCUCUCCAUGCAGGGGCGUGUGGCCAUGCAAGGAGGCGUCGUCAACCAAGGCCCUCACAACUGUGUGCUGAAUGGCGGCCAGAUGAGCCUCAACAUGGGCAUGGUAAGUCCAGUAAGCGUGCCAUUUGACUGGCACAACCGCAUGCCUCCAUCUUCUCAGUGCAGUCAGCCCAUGGUCAGCAUUAUGCAUCCAGCGAGUAGCCAAGCAGGAAUGAUCCCUCAGACACCAACGCUGCAGCAAAGCAGCAUGCUCAUGCACCAGCAGCAGAUGUUCCGUAAUGCCCAGCAGCCCAUCCUGCAGCCGACACCCAUCUCUAACACACCCUCUAUUAGCCCGGUCAAACUGCCGCCCAUUGCAGAGCAGCAGCCGCAACAACUUCACAGCCACGCCCUUACCAAUCCCAACCUCACCCGCAUGGGCUCCUCCACUCCCCCGACCCCACAACAGGCACAGCCUCCUCCAGCUUUCUACCAGCCACAGCAGCCACAGACUCAGCCACCGCAGGCCUCGGCAGCCCCUCAGGCUUCGCAAGCACAGGCUAUCCCGUCUCAGGCACCCCCGGCACAGGCGAGCGUUAGCACCGCAGGCCCGGAGGAUUACCCCACACCGCCCUCCCAGCACAGCUGCAGCUCUGCCAUGGAUGCAACACCCAAGCAUUACCUACAUGUGCCCAGUGAACAUCCUUACCUGACCCCUUCUCCAGAGUCUCCAGAGCCCUGGUCCAGUCCCUCCCCUCACUGUGUGUCCGAUUGGUCUGACUCCACCCCCAGCCCAGCCGUCACGGCUCCUGCUCAAACCCAGAUUUCGCAUGUCCAGGAGUCCAAUGGGAAGAUGCAGGUGUUUGCUUGAGCAGCUCAACCUACCUUAAAUGUUUGUGACUUUGAGAGAGUAGAGUUGACAAGCGUUUUUUACUUACCUGUCAGCCCAUUUCCAAGAUUUUAAUUGGAUUAGGAUUGACUGUUUUGCGUCAAGAAGACCGUCUGCUGGUGUCCGCAGAAAGAAAGUUAAAGGGAAAUUUGUGUUGUCUUAAAAAUAAAAGACAAUUUAAUGAAGUAAGACGUUCUGUCACAGAUGGACUUGUUUUUUAAUUAUAAAAAAGUAUAUGAAGUAUACCACGUCUUUCAUUUCAAAGACUUGGGGACACUCCUGAAACUAACAAACUUUAAAAAAAAAAAAAUAAUAGAUUGAGAGAAAAGUGAAAUGUUGAAGGAAAUUCCUUUCUUUUUAUUUAUUGUCUUAUGUUUUUUCCAAACUGCCUUGGGGGUGUUUUCACCCUCUUUCUGUCUCUGUUGUUUUUAGUGACCCCCAUAACAACUGCCUUACUACUCCCAAUAUAUUACGUGGGACUCGUGAGGUCUCCUCAGGUUCCAUGUUACUACUGUUACAAGAGGAGCAACUCAUGAUUGCUUAGUUUGCCUGUUCCGCCCAUUUCAUCAGCAAUUGAUACAGUCAGAACUUAUACACGAGGCUUUUAAGUGACAUGCACACACACAUAAUGAGAUUAGAAUUUUUACAAAUUUUAGUGAUAUUUAUUUAGUCUAGCUUUCAGAAACAGAUCGGCACAUGAAAACAGAGGUAUAUAGAGACCAAUACAAGUGAAAUAUUCUGAUUUAAAAUGAUUUUAUAUGUUUUGUAAAAGUAUUUGUAUGAAUGUAGAGGGGCAUCUGUGAAGCACUUCAAGGGGAAAAGCUUGAGAGAGAGAGAGAAAGGUACAAAAGGUAAGAAAAAACCCUGAAAUCAUAGUUCAGCAUUUAUAACAACAGUGCAUAAAAGCGCCUCUCUAAAACAGGCCAGUGUUUAGAAUGUUUUCAGUGUUGGCGUUGUAUCAGUGGAAAUGAUUUUACUGAACAUAGUUUCUUAAGUGACCUCACCGACUUACAUAGGCCUGAGCUGGCCAACGCUCUACCCGUUCCCUCUCAAAAUCCCAGCCAGUCACUGCCUUAUAGUCUUGCCUUGUGUAAAUUUGUUUUCUGUUUGUCGUUUUAUAACCACAUUUUUGGAACCACAGUUACCUGUGGAACAUUGAUGUAUUAAGCUGUGUUAUUAGGCUGCUGCUCUGCGUCACUUCUUCAGUGACAGCCAACUUUUUUUCCACUAACAUUCCUGAUCAGAACCCACCAACCAGCGCUCGUGGAGACACUGACCGCUGCAGAACUGAUCUCACCGUGUUCCUGAGCCCUCACAAGCACUUCAUUUCAAUACUGAACAGCUGCAGCUGACACUUGACCACUAGAAAGUCUUCCUCUGGGGCUUUAUGAAGCCAAGGCAGUGUGGUUGAUUUAGUUUAAUGUAAUUUGAUCCCUCAGGUCCAGCAUUUCCAUGUGGUCUAAUCAUAUUCCAGCUCCUUUUGGUUUGGAUAGCAAGCAUAUGUGUUGUGUGUUGGGUACAUGGCUAACGGGGUUCUAAUGGUCUGCUAUUGCUCUGUCACUCCUCAGGGAGGUGUUAUAUAGCAUGCAGUGUUGUCUGCAUCUUUAGCAGUUCCCACCCCAUCAGCCUAGACGAUGACAUCUGUCGUGUCUGGUCAGAAGGCGUGAGAUGGGAAACACUACCAUGUAGUGAUGCCCCUGGCUUUCUGUAACAUGUCCAUAUGUUCAUCCCUUUUCAAUUUUCCCAACUGUAAGACCUGCAUUUGAUGACACUGACAGCUGUUUUCGUGCUAUCGCCAAGAGGAACACACCCAUUUCACUGAAUUAUGGCACAUAAACAUUGCUUUCAGCCAUACAUUAUUAUUUUAAAUAGUAUUUGUGCUUAAUCUAUACUGAGUGUGCAGCUAUGAAACUGUUAAAUCUUCAUGUACAACAUUUCAAGGCUUGUGGUGGUUUUGGAGCACAUUCUGGACCUCUUUGUUUUCCUACAUAAGUACUACUAAGCUUCGCUAACCCAGCAUAAGUCUUCCUUUCAUUCGUAACUUUUCACUUCUCAUGAUACAGUUCUCCAGAUAUUUUUGAAAUUCCAGUACCUUUCUGUAAAUAUGUUUCACCUUGUUUAGGUCUACUUGGUUAUGAGAAGUCUUAUGUUUCUAAAAAUGAAUAUGUACUAAAAAGAACAAAAAGUAAAUGUACUUUUUAUUAGCAUUAUUAAGGUGAGGAUGUGACUGUGUAUUGGUCUUGCAUAACUAGAACAGCCAUAGAUAUUUUCUAUUGUCAUUAUUAAUUUCCUAUACUUGUUUAAAAGUAGUUUAAAAUCAUUGUAUAUAAACAGUUUUUCACAGUUUCUUUCUACAGACAAAGUUGUAAAAUAUGUUACUUCUAAUAAAGCGGUAGAAACUA